AUGUACCAGCCAUACUGGAGGAGAAUGGGAGACAAGUGUACGGUCGUGAUCCCUGGUCGUGAUUUGAUGAGUUACUUCAGUGACCCGGGAAACUUGUGCUGGUUUCUGAUGCCGGAGCUCGAUGAUGCAAUCAGGAGACUGCACCGUGUCGUUGGGAAUGCGGUGGUUGAUGACGACCGAUACGUAAUCGUCGGCACUGGCUCGACACAGCUCUUCCAGGCGGUUCUUUACGCCCUCUCUUCCCCACACAAGCCUGACACUGAGCCCCUCAGUGUGGUAGCCGCCGCCCCUUUCUACUCGUCAUAUCCUAAGGAGACGGAGUUUCUUCGAUCGGGGAUGUACAAAUGGGUGGGUGAUGCGUACACAUUCGACAGAGAUGGAGCAUACAUGGAGUGUGUAACUUCACCCAACAACCCCGAUGGAACGAUCCGAGAAGCGGUGGUGAAUCGUGAAGGUGGUAAACUCAUUCAUGACUUAGCCUACUAUUGGCCUCAAUACACCCCCAUUACUGGUAAGGCUGAUAAUGAUAUCAUGCUAUUCACCUUCUCCAAAGCCACCGGACAUGCUGGUUCUCGCAUUGGAUGGGCUAUCGUUAAGGAUAAAGAAGUGGCUACCAAGAUGGUUAAGUACAUGGAGCUUAGCAGCAUUGGUGUAUCGAAAGAAUCUCAGCUUCGAGCUGCCAAGAUUCUCGAUGUGAUCGCCGAGGAUUGCUCGAAUUCCGGCCCUGACAAAGAGGAAAACUUCUUUGAAUAUGGCCAUCAUCUCAUGUCCGAACGAUGGGAAAAGCUGCGGGAGGUGGUUAAACACAAUGGCGUUUUCAGUCUACCUAAGUACCCUAGAGACUUCUGCAACUUCACAGGCAAAGAAACUGAUCCAAGCCCUGCCUUUGCAUGGUUGAAGACCAAGGAUGGCUUAAACUGUGACAAUCUCUUGAGGGAGUCUAAGAUCGUCACAAGGGGCGGAACGAAUUUCGGGGUCGAUUUGGAUUAUACUCGGAUCAGCAUGCUGAGUCUCGACGAGGAGUUUAACCUUUUCCUGGAGAGGUUGGGAGCAAUCAAAGGGAACAUCAAUGGAAAUUACUAGUUGUAAUCAAGAACAAAAUCUUUGUUCAUCUUUAAGUGUAUAUGCUAAGUAUUUAGAGUUUACCCCU